AUGAAAGAAAAUGAUUUUACUUCGGAACUUCUUUCCGAAAUAUUUGAAAAUCUUCAAAUCCCUGAAUUAUUUAAAUGUAUUUUAGUAAAUAAAAAAUGGAGUGCAAACGCUAUACGCAUUUUAUGGAAAAAUCCUAUUGAAUUUAUAAAUUUAAAUUUAAUAAAUUCUAAAUUAUCAAAAGAUAAAUCAUAUUUAAAUAUUAUUUCUACUAUGAUUAAAUGUUUACCUUUUGAAAUUAAAAUUAAGAUAAGAACUUAUGGGAUUAAUUUUGAUGAAUUGAAAGAAGAAAGUCAACCAAUGUUUGAUUAUUGUUCAUUAAUAAAAAAGAUAUCAUUUGAUAUGAUUCUUAAUGCUAUUAAUAUUUUGUUUAAUUCUCUUGUAGAAAAAAGCAUUAUUAAAGAUCAAACAUGUCAUUAUAUCGUAUUUCAAGAAAUUUGUAAUCAUUUAGUUGAUAAAUGCGUCAUUUCCAAUAAUCGAGAUAAGAAAAUUAAUCCUAAAUUCAUUCUAAAUGCUUAUAAUCCAAAACAGAUUGGAAGUUGUAAUAAAAGGGGUUCAAACUUUCCUUUACCAAGUCAAUUACCACAAAUGAAGAAAUCAUUAUCUAAAUUAGAGAAAUUUAAUUUAAAUACUUGUAUACAACCAAGAUUUAUUCAAGAACUUGAUAAUAUUUGUAAAAAUAUUUUAAGUAUUGGCAUAUAUUGUGGAUGUUGUGAUGAACAUUAUUUAGCUGAAUUUAUCAAGAAUCAAAUGAAUUUACGAGAAAUUUAUGUUAUGUCAAUGAAUAAUUUUCAUUUAAUUAAAAUAUCUGAAGCUAUUAAAAUUAAAUUGGAACAAUUAACAUCUUUAACUAUUUCAACUGGUCAAAUUUCGUUGAAUAUUUUCAAUAAUAAAAGAUGUGAUCAAUUAAUUGAAUUAAGUAUAUAUAAUUUUUGUGAUCAAUUAGCAGAUAUUGAUGAAUGGAAUAAUUUUUUUCGUUAUAAUUCUAUUAGAUUCAAAAAUUUGAAAAAUUUGGAAAUACAAUGUAAUAUUAAAAAUUUUAAAUAUAUGGGAAUUUUUCUUAAUGAAUUAUCAUCACUUCAAAAACUUGAAUUAGCAUGGAGCGAAGAUGAAGAAGAUAAUCAAGAUUUAAUUGAUGAAUUAUUUCGAAAUAUUGCUAAAUAUUGUUCAAAUUUAAUUCAAUUGGAAUUAUCUACUCCUAAAUUUACUCAAUCAUUGGAAAUUAUUUUACAAUUAUGUAAAAAAUUGGAAUAUUUAAAUUUAUUAAAUACUAAUAAAUCAAAUGAUUUAAAUGAGAAAAUCUUAUUAUUAGGAAAUUAUUUUCCAAUAUCUUUAAAAAAAUUUGGGGUACAAUUUUAUUUAAAUAUUUCAAAAGAAAAAUUGGAAGAAUUUUUAAAUAAUUGUUUUAUGAAUGGAAUCAGAAAUUUAUCAUUAGGUUUUUAUAUUGAAGAAUUUUCUAAUGAUUAUGAAAUCAUUAUGAUGAAAUAUGUAAAAUUAGGAACUUUAAAUAAUGAAUUUUUUAAAAGUUGGUUAGAAUUUAUGCCUUUUAUACUAAAUGAAUUAAAACUUACGUACAAUAUAUGGUUACAUUAUCGUAACCGUGGGGUUUCGAUUAAAAUUGUAGUAUUUGUCUAUUUGAUUAAUUUAUUGAUAUAA